CGUAUGUCCGUCUUUGAAGCAUAGGUACGCCAUGUUCUCGGUCGUUGUAUUAAGAGAGAAACAGUGUUAGAGGGUAAGAGAGAUAGACCGAACAGAAGGUAGUAGACGAGUAAGAGAGAAGGUAGAGAGUAAAAGAAAGAGAGAUAGACGUAUGACAGAAAUGCAUAGCCGUGCUAGCAGCAGCACAAGCAGCAGCAAGAACAGCAGCAGCGCAUAGAGGAGAGAUCGCGUCGUACACGCGUAAUUCGGGGCGUGUGCUAGGUGUUGCUCGGUUAUCCCUAGCUCGUGUCCGUGGCUACGAAUCAAAGAUGUGCCGGUGUCAGUGCGGAAUACGCGUCAUCGUCCCGUGACGACAACGUUACAGAGGUGCGAGACUACCGAGCAGCACGGUGUGGGCAGGUCGCGGCCAUUUUUACCACACGAUGCGGCAACCGUGCGUGCCCGUUCGAUCCGCCAUUCCAAACAAUCGGUGUACUUCGUGCCCUCUCAGGGUGCCUCUAGCCACGGCAACUCGUGGAGGCAUCGUCGAGCAACGAUAAUACGUGCAAGUUUAUCCUUGAAACUAGUAGCAGUAUCUUCGAACGAGGAGAACGGUAGAGCUCGCGAAAGCCGGCAGUGCUGGUGGUGGUGGCGGUGGACGUCGUCGACGACGGCGACGUGGAGGAAGAGGAGAAAGAAAAGAAGAAGAAGAAGAAAAAGAAAGAUGAUAACGAUGAUGAUGAUGAUGAUGAUGAUAAUGAUGAUAACAGCGACGACGACGACGACGACGACAACGACCAGCACGACGAUGAUGUUGACGGUGAUCAUCGGGAAAAAGAAACAACUCGAACAGCCGAUACUUUGGAAUACGAAUGGAGCUGUUCGAGCGUGCCUGUGAUUCGUGAUAAUCCCAAAGUGUGUUUCGCCGAUGAUAGUGCCGUUUGUGCCCAGUGUCUCUGUUUCUCUCCGUGUGUCGCUCUCCGUCAGUCCGCCCUGCGUGCGUGUUUCGCGUGCCUCCGAGCCACGCACCGGACUCUCUCCUCUUCCUCGCCAGCGCGAUCGAUGUGACACCGUGUCACCGUUUCAACGUCUUUUUCCCGACGGUGAAUUCCUCUUGACUGGCUGGAUAGAAGACUGAUUCCUGAAAUCAAAAGGCAGCGUUAGAUGCGUGUUGUCAGGACGGUAAACGUCCCGUGAGAGUGUGUUUCGAAGCCAGUGUGUGCUCUCUUACUCGCGCUCCCUACCCUCUCUUACCUUUCCAUCUGUCUCUUUUAUUCACUUAUUCUCGUAUUCUCUGUUUUUUCCAUUUCACCCUCCUUCUCUUUUUCUAUCUCUCUCUCUUGCUCGCUCAAGCUAAAGAAGCAUUAAAGACGACCGUAGGAAUGCUCGACGAUACCACGAUACGACGCUGCUUGUCAUCGUUCUCCUCUUCGUCUUCGUCGUCGUCGUCGCCGUCGUCGUCGCCGCGUUCUUUGGAUCCGUUCGGAUCCUUUUCGGCUUCUUCGAAAUCGUGGAAGCUGAAGAAGUGGUGAGAGGCAGGUACCGGAUACCGAGGUGACGAUCACCUCUAGCCAGGGCGCGACAACGGCCCCUUAGAGAUGGAGAUCGAGGCGAAACAACGGAACCAGAGGAAUCGGAGACGAGAGCGUGCUCAGCGUAUGUUGGCGCAGAGGGAGAGCCUGGCCACCGCGAAGCAGCAGCAGCAGCAACAGCAACAACAGCAGCAACAGACGAGGCAACGGCCGAACGACGAGGAGGACAGCCACAGCGGCGAGGACGAGGACCCCGCCGCCGGUCGUGGCCUCGGACUCGCCAGGACCGGUCAUCCUCGUGACAGCCAUUCGCGACCGCCCAGGCCACCGCGACCCCCGAGGCCUCGUAAGAAGUCUUCCCUCGCGGCUGCCAACCAGAAGGAGCCUCCCUUCGAGGAGGACAUUAUCGACGGCUUUGCCAUACUCGCCUUCCGCACCUACGAGGAACUCGAGAGUGCAAUAAAGUUAGCUGGUAAAAAUAAUGUCAAGAAAUUGCAUACACUACGGUCAAUAGUGGAAGAGAAACCAAAGGUGGAUACAGGACAGAAUAAUAGACACAACGAGCAUCACAUCAAAAAUCAUUUCAAACACAACCAUUAUACACACAAUUCCAUACUGACACCUUCAACACUCAACCAGGGCCUAGAUGCAGGUACAAGUGACGAUAGUGGUAGAGCAUCUGAACAAUUGCAUGGCCCUGGUAUACCUAGGGAUUGCCAGGACGCAGACAGUUCCAGGGACCACCUCAGCGAUGCUAGCAGUCAUUGCAGUUCGGGUAAAGGUUAUAUCUGUGAUAGUGAAGGAGAAGACGAUAAGGGCUCGGAUGCUGAAUCGAUACUCUUUGAAUCUUCUACCCCACCGCCCCUUGCACGUAAAUACGAAUUGCCAUCAUCUUCGCCACACGUUUUGCCUCCAGCAAACGGAGCCGGAGGUUCUCCUCCUGACACGGGUGGACAAAUUUCAAAUCCAGCAACGGAUGCUCCGGCACCUAUACCACCUCCCGUGCCUGCGUCUGCGCCAGUUCCAACAGCACCAAGUCCUCCCAGUCCUACAUUACCCCCUCACAUAUCCCAACCACCUAUGACUAGUCCAUUGGCAGCAAAUCCACGUGCAAUAGCUCCGCAACAGCGGCCAGCUUCCCCUGCUCUGCCACCUCCUUCCCUUUCCCAACAGCCUCAUACAACAAUACCUGCGUUACAUCCUCCUAAUGUACCGCUUGUUUCCUCGAGUCAUACAACUAGUCCUGCGGUUGCGAGUUUAGGUGUUACCCCAGCGGCACCUUCGAACGGAGCUACCACCACUAGCUAUCCACCAUCGAUACCCAUGGCUGCUUAUCCUCAAACUCAAUCUUAUCCACCUCUUUAUACACCGUACACUGCUCUAAAUCACAGCCCGUACCUUCCGCCUGCGGUUCCAUCUCCCUCCCAUUCUGCUUCAUCACGGGCAGAAGUGAGAGGAAGUAGAGCUUCUCCCUGUACUAACAUAAAUAAACAGCCUGUAGGAAAUAAUACGACGAAUCAUAAUACUCCGCUAAGCGCUGCCACUACGACAUGCGUGUCCACGAUAACUAACACAGUUACUACGGCAAAUACCAUUGCUCAUAGAGACAUGGUAGCCUGUAGUUUAACUGGAAGAAACAAUAAUAAUUCCCCUCGUGGACAUAGCCCGAAUCGAGAAAGAGAGAGUUAUAGCAGUAACGUCAGUAGCUUAAGUCGAGGUAGCAUAACGCCUGUAAGUGUGCCAAACACAUCUUCGCCAGCCAAUUCUAGUCUACCUGCUUACUCCAAGCCACAAGGAUGGAUUGGUAGCAGCACAACUUCACAAUUGUCUCCAGCAACAGCAACUUCAGUACCAAGGCCAACUCCUCCACCAGUUCCACUUGGAAUGCAUACGUUUCCUCCACCGAUGUUCGCCGCACCGUUACCACCUCCCGUCUCCAGUUCCAGUCCGCAUACGUCACUGCCUUCGUUACCACCGCCAACGACCAACCCCAAUCCAUUCUCCGCCGAAUCGCUUUUUCAAACAAGGGUGACUCAUGUCGCAGGUCAGGCAGACCUGUUAAGGCGAGAACUUGACAAUAGAUUCUUGGCAUCUCAAGACAGAAACGUCGGAGUCGGAGUAGGCAAUUUGGGACCGCCACCUUACCUUAGGACAGAGAUGCAUCACCAUCAACAUCAGCACACCCACGUACAUCAGCACACGACACCUCUGCUUCCGCCGUCAGCUGCAACAACGUUAUUUCCACCUCCUAUAUUUAAGGACAUUCCAAAAUUGGGAGGUGUUGAAUCUCCAUUUUUUCGUGGGAAUUUAAAUCUUUCUAGUUAUUCUGGUUUUAAUGCCGGUCUUCUACAUCCUGGAAUCGGACCGCCCUCGACACCUUUUGUACCACCCAAUCACUUAACAUCAUUUGCACCAAAGAAAAGUGGAAAAUGGAAUGCGAUGCAUGUGCGCAUCGCAUGGGAAAUUUACCAUCAUCAACAGAAACAACAGGCGGAAGCGAAAGCAGGAAGCGUUGUUAAUACUAAAACGGAAUUACUAAGACCACCGGGUCAUCUUUAUCCAGGAGGACCAGGGGGUGGUCUUGGAAUAGGCGCACCACCAAUGGCACCACCGUUCCCUACUAAUAUACCACCAGCUCAUCCUGCACCACCUCCGCCUCACCCUGUUGGUUUCUUAUCCACACCACCCACGCAUUUAGCAACAGGAAUGUCACCAUUUGGAAGAUAUCCAUCAACGUUCGGCGGACCGAAUCCAAAUUUCCCUGGCCUUUCUACCUUCCCUCCGUCGAGGGAAAUGCCACCAUUGGGUGGCUUGGGUUCUGUACACGAUCCAUGGAGAGGAUUACAACGAGCAUCCACCGGAUUUCCACCAACCACGGUAUCGUGGAGCCUGAAACCGGAACCGCCUGCGAUCGACAGACGAGCCGAGCUCGAAGAACGAGAACGUGAGCGCGAACGGGAACGAGAACGCGAACGGGAACGUGAACGCGAACGGGAAAGGGAAAGGGAACGCGAACGGGAACGAGAACGCGAGCGCAUUAGACGCGAGAAGGAAAGAGAACGGGAAGAGCAACGCGAGAGGGAAAGACGGGAACGCGAGAAGGAAGAGAAAAGAAAACAGCAGGAGGCUGCUGAAAGGGAGAGAGAAAGGAGAGACAAGGAACGUAGGGAGAUGGAAAGACGAGAAAUGGAACGCGAAAGAUUGCUUCAUCAGAAUCGACAACACGUGGUAGUGGGUCGAGAACGGUCACCUUUGAGGAACGGAUCGGCUCCUAUGGACGUUGGCGAGGUACGGGUGAAAGAAGAGCCCCGAAGUAAAGACGACGAAGUGGUGAUGCUUCCACGGCCACCGGGACCUGGUCCUGGGGGAGCAUCUGCAACAGGACCCGGUCCAAGUCCACUGCCUGACACGAGAUAUCAUCAUCCUCAUCCUCAUUCUUACCUCGCGAGGCAUCCGCACACCAUGCCUGCGCCUCAUUCCAUGCCUCGAAGUAUGCUACCUGGCUUAGGUGGUCAUCCGAUGCAACAUUUUCCACCGCCUUCCGGUCCUGCCGGACAACCAGGCGGUCCUUGGCCCGGCGAUCCUUUCAGGGAUUAUCGUUACGACCACCUGCAACAGUUGCGUUACAAUCCACUGAUGGCCGCCGCUGCGUUUAGAGCGGAGGAAGAAGAAAGAGCUAAAUUGUACGCCGGAUAUCCACCGCCGCCUGUAAAUUCUUUAAGAAACAAGGAUCCCAGUCCUGGUCCACUGAGCAAUUUACACAUGCAUCAUAGAGCAGGGCCUGGACCCGGAGUGCCGACACGGCAAUUAGAGCCUGGCUUGAUGCACGGAGACAUUCACAAGAAGGAGGAUACGUCCCAAUCCCGAUGAUACAUCCUCCCCGCGUCCUCAGCUUCGGCAAGUGAACGCGCCAAGAGGCCAGCAUUCUGAGCAUUUAACGUCAAGUUUUCGGGCCACGGUGCUGAUAUUUUGCUAAUGGAGAAGAGGCGUUAUUUAAAAGAAAUUGUACAUAAAUUAUAUGAUAUUUAUAGUUAUCAAAAAAUCAGAGUGCGCUAAAGAAGAUAAACGGUGUAGGAACAUUUUGAAUACGCACCCCGUGUAAUGAUCGUUAACGAAGAUGCCUUGUUGCGAUCGUUAAAGGUUCCGUCUGCUGCGUGAGAAAACUUAAAGGCGGUCCCUUUAUACAUAAACUACCAACGGGCGUUGAUUAAAAAGGAUGCGGUCGUUGGAAAAUAAAUGACGGCGAUGUUAUUGUGAUUCUCUGCAAGUUUCGGGGAUUUGACUGUUUAUAGCGAUCUAAACUUUAAUCAUUACGGUAACUAUGCGUACAGUUUAAACAAAAAAAAAAAAAGUAUCGUGUGUAAUAUUAUAGAUAUUGUAGAAUGCGAGACGAUGCUACGUAAAGAAAGAAAUCCAAGUUAAGAGAAAAGUUAAGCGGAUCUCUACCAUUACUAAAAAAAAUUAUUUAAUUAUUUAUUUAUUGCGACGUAUAAACGAAUCUCUACUACUGCUGACGUACGGAUAUGAUCGUAAACAAAAAGAAAAAAAAAAGGAUUGCCCUAAUUUAAUCGAUAUAAUGUAUCGAGAAAAAAAAUCAUUACGAACUUUACUUUUCUUCAUAGAGAUUAUUAAUUUGUACCGUAGAAGUAAUAGUGAAAAAACCGAGAGGGCAAAAGAACAGAUAUCUUUGGCUUUUGGCGGCACAAGCUUGCUUUUUUCUUUAUUUACGUGGAAAUUUAGAAUUGCACUUCUGGUGCUUUCCUGUGAUAUAAAAGUAAGAUCAUUCAGAAGCGUUGCAAUUGUUUUUCGUCAUAAUUUGUAAAAUAAUAAAAAGGAAGGAACAUAUGCGAUACACGUGAAUCAAAUUGUUUUCGAAUAAAUGAUGAAAAAAAAAAAGAAGAAGAGGUAUUGCUACACUUUUGCAUUGGAGAAAAUUUCUAUCUGACAAAGGAACGUGGAAUUUAAGUGUAAACAAAUACAAAAGCAGUUUGUCCGUGCCAAAGUGCUUUAAUCAAAAACACAUUUAAUGCUGUAUAGAAAAAUUGCAACUUCUGAUUUUGUACCUAACAAAAAUUGAGAAAGAAAUAUGGUUUUGCACCCUUGUUUCAUCGUCCUCUCAAUUAUUAGCCAUUACGUCGUUAUGUUACCAGAGAGACAAUUCGAGAUAUCUCAGUCUCUCUCUCUCUCUCUCUUUUUCUCUCUCUCUAGAAACAGAAAAAAAUAAAAUAAAAUUCGUGCCAUGGACCAGGCUAGAUUAAAAAAAAACCCCUGGUGCCUCUAAAAGAUACUUACUUAUUUUGAAGUUGAUCAGACUCUAAACUGUUUCAUUUUACAUUGUAAAGUCAUCAUAAAAAAUGUAUAUUAUUAUAUAUUUAACGACCAUACUGCAAUUUAAAAAUUGUAGAUAUUUUUCAUCGAUGCAAGGUUGCAAUGUGAUGCAAUGAUUCUGUUCUUGUAGAUAUCGCGAAGUAUAAAAGAGAAUUUUGUGUGAAUAGGUUUUUUCUAAAAUUGAUUCUUUGUAAAAGGGUCUAAUAAUCAUAGUUUCUAUCAAA